AUGUCGUCCAGGCAGCAGAUCAGUAUCGCUGUUGUUGGGCUUGGCAGGAUGGGCAAGAGGCAUGUCCAUACACUGCUUCAUCGAGUCUCAAAUGCAAAAGUCGUCGCUGUCUGCACCACCGAUCCCAAGGAGAUAGCUUGGGCGAAAUCAAAUGCGGAAUAUCAAUCCUAUGGCAUUCAAGUUUUCGAUGACUACCAGACUAUGAUCUCAAUGCCAGGUCUGCAAGCUGUCUGGGUUAGUACUAGCACUGAUGUUCACGCUUCGCAAACUCUGGCAGCUGUCGAGAAGGAUCUGCACGUUCUGUGUGAGAAGCCUUUGAGUACAGCUCUUGAUGAGUGUCAAAAGGUGAUCGACGCCGCAAAGGCAAAGCCACAUCUCAAAGUCAUGGCUGGAUUCUCACGUCGCUUCGAUGCCAGCUACAGAGAUGCCGCGAACAAGGUCAAGGACAAUGUUGUCGGGACUCCUUUUUUGGUGCGAUCACAAACUGGGGAUUUGUUGGAUAACACCGGCUUCUUCGUGCGAUACGCAAAGAAGAAUGGUGGAAUCAUGGUUGACUGUGCUAUCCAUGACAUAGACCUGACUCUGUGGCUUCUUUCUGAUCCGGUCCCGAAAGCAUGCUGGGGAGUAGGGAGUCUGCAGCAUCACCCAGAACUCGCCGAGGUUCGGGAUGUUGACAAUGCCCUUGGCGUAGUAGAAUUCUGGGGCGGUAAGAUGGCUCACUACUAUUGCUCGCGAACUCAGGCAGUAGGUCAUGAUGUCUGCACAGAAAUCACAGGUACGGCUGGAAAGAUCAGUGUGAACGUUGUGCCAAGGGUAAACAAUGUGGUUAUCUCCGACAAAAUUGGCGUUCGUCACCAAGUCCAGGAGGAGUAUUGGCAGCGUUUCGAAUAUGCUUUCGCGACAGAGGCAAAUGAAUUCAUCGAUUCAAUACUGGACGACAAGCCCGUGCCAUUGCCGCUUGAAGGUGGAAUGAAGGUUAUGGUAAUUGCUAGGGCUUUGCAAGAUGCUCUGCUGACUGGUAAGGUGAUCAGAUUUGACGAGCAAGGUAAGAGGUUCGAGGAAGAUCGUGGUAAUAAGAGCCGUUUGUGA